AUGGACGUCGCCCGCAAGGUGACGCGGGACGCCCCGUUCCUCAGCAAGCGCGUGCCUGGCCGUCUCCUCGCCCUCGCCGGCGGAGACGGCCAGUGGCCGCACAUCGUCUGUGCCAAUGCUCUUCAAGUCGUAGUGCGCCCGGGGGUGCAGUUGGACGUUCGCUACUGUCCUCGCCAGAUUAGACAGUAUGUCUGUUUCGGCGAGGGUUAG